UGUGGGGGCGCCUCGUGCCAAAGCCCUCCCGCUGCAGAAGGCCAACAGGACAGGAGGCCUAUACAGCUGUGACAUCACCUCCCGGGGGCCUUGCACACGGAUUGAAUUUGAUAAUGAUGCUGACCCGACUUCGGAAAGCAAGGAAGAUCAGUGGAUGGGGGUCACUGUUCAGAGCCAAGGUCCAGGGGGCAAAGUUGUGAUAUGUGCUCAUCGAUAUGAAAAAAGGCAACAUGUUAAUACAAAGCAGGAAUCCCGGGACAUCCUUGGGAGGUGUUAUGUCCUGAGUCAGCAUCUCACAAUUGAGGACGAAAUGGAUGGAGGAGACUGGAGCUUUUGUGAUGGCCGGUUGAGAGGCCAUGAAAAAUUUGGUUCUUGCCAGCAAGGUGUAGCAGCCACUUUUACUAAGGACUUUCAUUACAUUGUGUUUGGAGCCCCGGGUACUUAUAACUGGAAAGGGAUUGUUCGCGUAGAGCAAAAGAAUAACAGUUUUUUUGACAUGAACAUCUUUGAAGAUGGGCCGUAUGAAGUUGGUGGAGAGACUGAGCAUGAUGAAAGUCUAGUUCCUGUUCCUGCUAACAGUUAUUUAGGCUUUUCUUUGGACUCGGGGAAAGGUAUUGUUUCUAAAGAUGAGAUCACUUUUGUAUCUGGUGCUCCAAGAGCCAAUCACAGUGGAGCUGUGGUUUUGCUAAAAAGAGAUGUGAAGUCUGCACAUCUUCUCCCUGAGCACAUAUUUGAUGGUGAAGGUCUGGCUUCUUCAUUUGGCUAUGAUGUGGCAGUGGUGGACCUCAACAAAGAUGGGUGGCAAGAUAUAGUUAUUGGAGCCCCACAGUAUUUCGAUAGAGAUGGAGAAGUUGGAGGUGCAGUGUAUGUCUACAUUAACCAGCAAGGCAGAUGGAAUAAUGUCAAGCCAAUCCGUCUUAAUGGAACCAAAGAUUCUAUGUUUGGCAUUGCAGUCAAAAAUAUUGGAGAUAUUAAUCAAGAUGGCUACCCAGAUAUUGCAGUUGGAGCUCCCUAUGAUGAUAUGGGAAAGGUUUUUAUCUAUCAUGGAUCUGCAAAUGGAAUAAAUACCAAACCAACACAGGUUCUCGAGGGUACAUCACCUUAUUUUGGAUAUUCAAUUGCUGGAAAUAUGGACCUUGAUCGAAAUUCCUACCCUGAUGUUGCUGUUGGCUCCCUCUCAGAUUCAGUAACUGUUUUCAGAUCCCGGCCUGUCAUUAAUAUUCAGAAAACCAUCACAGUAACUCCUAACAGAAUUGACCUCCGCCAGAAGACAUCGUGUGGGGCACCUAGUGGGAUAUGCCUCAAGGUUAAAGCCUGUUUUGAAUAUACUGCCAAACCCGCUGUUUAUAAUCCUUCAGUAUCAAUUGUGGGCACACUUGAAGCUGAAAAAGAAAGAAGAAAAUCCGGGCUGUCAUCCAGAGUUCAGUUUCGAAACCAAGGUUCUGAGCCCAAAUAUACUCAAGAACUAACUCUGAAUAAGCAGAAGCAGAGAGUGUGCAUGGAGGAAACUCUCUGGCUACAGGAAAAUAUCAGAGAUAAACUGCGUCCCAUUCCAAUAACUGCUUCAGUGGAGAUCCAAGAGCCAAGCUCUCGUAGGCGAGUCAAUUCACUUACAGAAGUUCUUCCAAUUCUGAAUUCAAAUGAACCCAAGACAGUUCAUGCAGAUGUGCACUUCUUAAAAGAGGGAUGUGGAGAUGACAAUGUAUGUAAUAGCAACCUUAAACUAGAGUAUAAAUUUUGUACCCGAGAAGGAAAUCAAGACAAAUUUUCUUAUUUACCAAUUCAAAAAGGCGUGCCAGAGCUAGUUCUAAAAGAUCAGAAGGAUAUUGCUUUAGAAAUAACAGUGACAAACAGCCCUUCCAAUCCAAGGAAUCCCAAAAAAGAUGGUGAUGAUGCCCAUGAAGCUAAACUCAUUGCAACAUUUCCGGACACUUUGACUUAUUCUGCAUACAGAGAGCUGAGGGCUUUCCCUGAGAAACAGUUGAGUUGUGUUGCCAACCAGAACGGGUCGCAAGCAGACUGUGAGCUCGGAAAUCCUUUUAAAAGAAAUUCCAGUGUUACUUUUUAUUUGAUUUUAAGUACAACUGAGGUCACCUUUGACACGACUGAUCUGGAUAUUAAUCUGAAGUUGGAAACAACAAGCAAUCAAGAUAAUUUGGCUUCAAUUACAGCUAAAGCAAAAGUGGUUAUUGAACUGCUUUUAUCCGUCUCUGGAGUUGCUAAACCUUCCCAGGUAUAUUUUGGAGGUACAGUUGUUGGUGAGCAAGCUAUGAAAUAUGAAGAUGAAGUGGGAAGUUUAAUAGAGUAUGAAUUCAGGCAUGUGGACACAGCUGAGACAGGUAGUGGUGGUGGUUUUGAUCUCUGUGCAGGUGUGGUUGAAAAAGAAGCUUAUGGAGUUCCAGAGUAG